GUUUGCCAUCAAGGUACAGGGAUUCGGUCAGGGCAAUAACACCUGGCUUACCUCUCUUCCUCUACAAUUACUCCACGCAUCAGCUCUAUGGGGUUUUUGAGGCUGCCAGUUUUGGUGGAACGAAUAUAGAUCCAUUAGCUUGGGAGGACAAGAAGAAAACUGGAGAAUCACGUUUUCCAGCUCAGGUGAGAGUGGUGACAAGGAAACUAUGUGUGCCGUUGGAGGAGGAUUCAUUCCGACCAUUUCUUCACCAUUAUGAUGGCCCCAAGUUUCGGCUGGAGCUUAGCAUCCCGGAGGCUCUGGCACUGCUUGAUAUCUUUGAAGAGAAUAAUAUGUAGAACUCGAAGAGAACAACGAAAUCCAACACAUCUCUAGCAUAUUAGCUUAUACAAUAACAUAUAUAGAGAAGAUGAUCGGCUAAUGCUCUCAUUUUUAAUGAUGAUUUGUAUCAUAAAGAUAUUGAAGAUGUAUUAAGAGGAUAUAAAGAGUGUCUCUCAAGUUCUUAUUUUUAUAAGCAUUUCUUAAGUUUGAUAUUGUUUACAUUAGGGGGAGAAUGUUCUCCUAUGAUAAUUGUAAUUGGAUAGAACAUUAUUUAAUGGCUCUAUCAUCU